AUGGCUCUGACAAGACCGUCCUCUUUGCAGAAGCCUGCAGUUCUGGAACUGGCCAAGCAAGGAGUUCAUAUCGUCUCUGCUGAUCUCACAGGUCCUCAAGAAGCCCUAGAAAAGACUCUUUUGGGUGUCGACGUUGUCAUUUCCACUAUCUACGGCGGCAACUUGAUGGCAGAGAUCCCUUUGGCCAACGCUUCUAAGUCUGCCGGCGUUAAACGAUAUCUGCCCUGUUUUUUUGCAACUGUCGCGCCACCGAAGGGCGCACUGCUGUUGAGGGAGAUGAAGGAGGAUGUGCUGAAUCAUAUCAAAUGGAUUCACCUGCCAUACACUGUGGUGGAUGUUGGCUGGUGGUAUCAAGUCAACCUUCCUCGCCUUCCGUCUGGCCGUAUCGACUAUGCGGUAAUGGAGACAGCGGAUGGCAUUGCUGGUGACGGAAACGUCCCAUUCGCCUUGACAGACUUGCGAGAUGUCGGGAAAUAUGUUGCUCGGAUCAUUUCCGACCCUCGAACCUUGAACAGAAUGGUCCUUGCCUACAACGAAGUCUUAACACAUAACCAGAUGUAUGAUCUUAUGGAAAAACUCAGUGGGGAGAAGCUUGAUCGGAGAUAUGUAUCCCCGGAAAGUAUUAGCUCGAAGAUAUCCGAGAUUGAAGAAAAACGACCGAGCCCCGAUUCCGGGGAGUUCAUCGUGCUAGCCCAAUUUCAAUACUGGUACUCGUGCGGUGUUCGAGGAGACAACACACCCGAGUUUGCGGAUUAUCUUGGAUACCUUACCACAAAGGACUUGUAUCCGGAUAUAGCAUGGAUUAGCAUGGAGUCCUAUGCGAGAGAGGUCCUCGAGGGUAAGGGGAGAAGAGUGUACGAGCACCUCAAAGAUCUGCCGGCUGCCAAUACGGUAAAAGAGUAG